GAGUUGAAGAGCUGGUCUGACAGCAGACAGUACUGCAGGGAUCAUGGAGCUGAUCUGAUCAUUAUCAACACUGAAGAGAAGCAGAGACACAUAUCGUCAUUGGUCAAGGAGAGCGUGUGGGUUGGUUUGUCUGACACAGAGAAUGAGGGCAACAUGAAAUGGGUGGAUAAUUCACCAAUGAAUCAAGGUGGCUAAUGAACCGGACGUAUCACACAUUCACGGAAAACAGCAUACUUGGAUAGAGCUACUGCAAAAAAACGGAAGUUAAAAACCACAGCUCAUCUGUAAAGACAUACUGCAAGACACAAGAACCAAAAAUGGAAUUGGAGUACUCUUAUGAAAAUGCUGAACACAGAAAUUUUUGGGAGACAACUGGACCUCAAACACACUGCCAAGAUGAAGGAAGAGUUCGCAAUCACAGAGGAAGGCGAUUUUUGGUGCCGAUCAUUGUGUGUCUUGGGAUCAUUUGUCUUCUUCUGAUUGCUGGCAUCAUACUGCAGCAUUUUCAGACCGCUUUUAAGCGAGGAUAUCUGUGGGGUCCAGAUGGCUUGUUCAUGUCCAGUGAGUUGAAGAGCUGGUCUGACAGCAGGCAGUACUGCAGGGAUCAUGGAGCUGAUCUGAUCAUUAUCAACACUGAAGAGAAGCAGAGACAUAUAUCUUCAUUCAUCAAGGAGAGCGUGUGGAUUGGUUUGUCUGACACAGAGAAUGAGGGCAUCAUGAAAUGGGUGGAUAAGUCACCACUAAAUAGAGGGUUUUGGGCCAGAGGUGAGCCGAAUAACUAUCAAGCUAGAGAUGAGGACUGUAUUGAACUGAUGCCUUCAGAUCUCAUCCUGGAAAACUGGAAUGAUCGCUCAUGCUCUGAGAAGAAAAAAGGGAUUUGCGAGAAAUAGGAUUCAUCCUUGUCUUGCUUUUACAUGCUUUUAAAAGUGCUUUAAUGUAAAAGGGUAAUGCUGCUCACUUAACCUCUGAUGUGUAAAUGUCUUGCUCCAUUAUAGCAGCUCUAUGUUAGUAUGACCGUAUUCUAUUGUUAUCAUGUUUCUCAUUUGUCAGUCUGAAGUGUAGGGGUGACAAUCACAGUAAACUACAGAAGUUUAAUGUGCCCCAGACUGCAACAAUUCACACUUUUACUCUUAAUAUUGAGUGUCUGUGAAACUGCUUCGGAUUUUAAUUGCUUUCUGUUUUAAUAAAAUGGUCAAUUGACAGUAUAA